UGAGCGUUGAAUUCACUGCACGCUGAGUACUGCCUUGCCGCAUUGCCGCGUGUGUGGCCGAGUGGCUAUGAAGGCGAUGAAGCGACCAGCCUCAAAAGGUGCAACAGGAGCCAGGAAGAAACCUGCAACAGCUGCGACGAAGAAACCUGCCACGGCGGCAAAGACAACCAAAGCUGCACCUACAGGAACCAAAAGUUUGAAAUUUCCCAAAGGUUUUCUUUGGGGCAGUGCUACUGCUGCCUACCAAAUCGAAGGUGCUGCCUUUGAAGGUGGAAGGACAGCUUGCAUUUGGGAUACCUUUUGUGCCGCGGAAGGCAAGGUCAAAAAUGGAGACAAUGGCACUGUGGCUUGUGACCACUACCACCGCUUCAAGGAGGAUGUGAAGAUCAUGAAGAAGUUGGGCCUCCCCGCAUAUCGGUUCUCCAUCUCUUGGUCUCGCCUGCUCCCUGCCGGCAGGGGAGAGCCAAACCCUGAAGCAGUGAAGUUUUAUGGAGAUUUGUUGGAUGAGUUGCACAAAGCCGGGAUCAAGCCCCUUGCCACAAUCUAUCACUGGGACCUGCCCCAGUGUUUAGAAGAUGAAUAUGGAGGAUGGCUCGAUCGAAAAGUGAUCGAAGACUUUGAACAUUAUGCAGUGACCUGCUUCAGAGAAUUUGGUGACAAGAUCACGUCAUGGAUCACUUUCAACGAACCCUGGUGUUCCACAGUGUUGGGCUAUGCCAAUGGAGAAAUGGCACCAGGGAAGAAGGAGAAGCCAGACACGGAGCCCUACCUGGCUGCGCACCAUAUCAUCCUCUCGCAUGCUCGAGCAGUGAAACGCUACCGGGACGAGUUUAAGGAGAAGCAGGGUGGAGUGAUCGGCAUCACCCUCAAUAUGGACUGGAGGCAGCCCUAUACUUCCAAGGAGGAAGAUGCAGCCGCGGCGCAGAGAGCGCUGGAUUGGCAGCUAGGGUGGUUCGCAGAUCCCAUUUGGAAGGGCGACUAUCCAGAGAGUAUGCGAAAGCGGUGCGGCGAGCGCCUUCCAUCCUUCACAGCAGAAGAGAAGGAACUCAUAAUCGGAACAUCCGAGUUCUUCGGUUUGAAUCACUAUUCAACUGCUUAUGUUGCUGCUCCAAAGGGACAAGCUCAGACUGUUUCCAUGUGGGGCAACGUGCAAGCUGGUGGAUACUUCGAUGACCAGGAAGUGGAGCUGAUCGAUGAUCCUCGGUGGGGCCGGACUGAUAUGGACUGGGGUGUUGUGCCUUGGGGAUUGAAACACAUGUGCGAGUACAUCGAUUCAAUAUACAAGCCGGAAGGAGGAAUUCUGGUGACAGAGAACGGCUGUGCAGUAGCAGACGACGAUGUCAAGGUCGCCAAGAACGACAAGUUCCGAGUUGAAUUCUACCAAGGCUACGUGGCUCAGCUUCACAAAGCCAUCAAGGCUGGCUGCGAUAUCCGUGCCUACUUUGCCUGGUCGCUGAUGGACAACUUUGAGUGGGCCCUCGGGUAUUCAAAGCGAUUUGGCAUGGUGCACAUCGACUACGAAACCCAGAAGAGGACCCUGAAGAAAUCUGCGAAGCUGUUUUCGGAGGUGGCCAAAACCAACACUUUGAAGCUGCCGGCCAAAGUCUUGGAAGCCUCCAACUUUGUGAUGAUUGAAGAAGGUGCAGGUCGAAAGACCACCAAAGAUGCUCCCCCAGGACAAAAGGAGACGGCAGAGUCCUGAGCGCAGUCUGAGCCCUGAGUGGCCCUGAGUGGUCUGAGUGUUACGCCUGUAAGAAGGUUGUGCACUUCAGUAGCUGUGAAGGCUCUGCGAAGUAGUUGAGCCUGGAGACAGUUAUAGAAAGCUCCUUGAUCAAGAGGUUCUAGGCCUCUAGGCUAUUGAUUAAGGCAAUAAAAAAUCGUUUUACAGUACAUAAUAUUGGAUGCUUGAAGGCGCCAGAAUGCCACGAAAAAGCA